CAGCCAAGUUGUUUCUGGUGUAAGAAAAUGGAGGUCCAAAAAGAAGAAGAAGAACAACACUCCACCUUUGUCAAGAUAGUAUCUGCUGCUUUCUACGCUGCUAAUUCGCAUUUUAUCACGGUCGUAAACAAAGCUGUUCUGACGAGCUUCAGGUAGGGUGCGCUGUGGCGGCUGCUAGACGGGAAAUUGUAAAGUAAAAUAAAUAUGUGGAUUUGUCUCAUUGACUGAAGUUUUAACAAAUUACAAUUUGACAGGUUUCCGUCCUAUAUGUGUCUAGGAGUGGGCCAGGUGAGCUUUGUUCUGUUAAAGUAUAACAACUUGCAUACACUGCAUCAACUGUUAGUAACGAACCAUUGGCAAACACAGGUAAUUGCCUCGGGUCCCGAGAUUUCCGGGGGCCCCCAAACGUUUAAUAAAAAGUGAUUAUUAAUUGUUCCCCUUCGAUUUAAAUUGUAUAUUACUGUUUUAGUCUUAAUUCACGUGCUUAAAACUACAUCAGAAUGGUAAUCUACAAUGAUCGUUUUAACUGCUCCCCCCCGCCCUUCUCAUGCGGUGGACUGUUCCGUGUUACUGCGCAUGUGCAGAUUGAUUCAGGAAGAUGGUGGCAAAACAAAUUUAUUGGCGCGAUUUGGAGAAACAUGAAGAAGCGUUACUCCUGUGGAGCGGAGAAGAAACUACCACAGGUGUCAGCCUUUCUCACAGUCACAACACAUGUAGACACAUGACGACAGCAAGAGCCAGACACUCUUGACAGCAGCACCGCUACUGUCAGUGUCAGCCGCUAGAGGUGAAACUGAGAGUGAUGCUUUUCACCACAAAGAUGUGAGUAUUAAAGCGGUAAGCCAUACAGUAGUACCUCGCAUAACAUACACCUCCUUUUACAUAAAUUCCACUGAACAUAAAGAAUUAAUGUAAAGUUUUUGCAUCGUCUUACAGAACAAAUUCCAUAUAAUAUAAAGCGUCAAGUCAGUGCAAGUCUUUUUUUUUUCAAUCAACUUUAUUAAUGCCUCAAGUCGGUGCAAGUUCAGACUAACACUUGGUGACGCCUUCUGACGCAUCACGCUCUCAUUGGCUGAUUUUCGGGGCACCGCCUCCGCUCUCAUCUCAUUGGCUGAAUAUCGGGGCACCACCUACGCUCUCUUCUCAUUGGCUGAUUAUCGGGCACCGUCUACGCUCUCAUCUCAUUGGCUGAGUUAUACAGCGCGUACAUGAGUUUGUAUGAGAGACAGGCUUGUCCCUUCAAACUCCUUCCUCUUCAAGAUUCAAGAGUCAGUAAAACAGAUGCUCACCACCAUUGUUGUCCUCUAUGUGGCCAAAAUGAACAACAAAGUGAACUUUGAAGAUUUUCACGGAGGGGUUUUCUGGAAAAUUUUCCCUCUUCCUUUGUUGUACGUGGCCAAUCACAUCACAGGACUGGCAAGCACCCAAAAGCUCAGCUUACCCAUGUUAACAGUUUUGCGGAAAUUCACAAUAGUGAUGACAAUGAUCAUGGAAGGGUACAUAUUAAGAAAAACGUUUCCUCGAAGUCUUGUGUACAGUGUUGUGGCCAUCGUCCUUGGUGCUGUCGUGGCUGCAAGUUCAGACCUGGCCUUCGAUGUGGAAGGUUACACUUUUGUCCUGCUCAAUGACGUCUUCACCGCCACCAACGGCGUUUACACCAAGAUGAAAAUUGGCACAGAGGGCCUUGGGAAAUACGGCGUCUUGUUUUACAAUGCACUCAUUAUUGUGGUACCCACUCUAUUGGCAAGUGCAUUCACUGGAGACUUACACGAGGCUGUCACAUUUGAAGCCUGGGCUGAAGCCAGCUUUGUUAUUUGCUUCCUGCUGUCCUGCAUCAUGGGGUUCAUGCUUAUGUACUCCAUCGUCCUGUGCAGCCAUUAUAAUUCCGCGCUCACCACCACAGUCGUGGGCGCAGUCAAGAAUGUUGGCGUUGCCCUCAUAGGAAUCUUUGUGGGCGGGGACUACCUCUUCUCUUGGAAUAACUUCCUGGGCCUCAGCAUUUGUCUGUCAGGUGGACUCGCUUACUCAUACCUAACAUUUAGCACCACAACAUCACGAAGGACCACUGAAACGUCACAAGAGCUGAACACUGGCUUUGCAGAAGACCCCCCAUUCAAAGCUACUGCUCACUAAAUAUAUGCCAUUGUUAUUCGCCACUCGGUGGCGCUGCUUAGCUCCAUAUUGGAGUGUCAAAACGUCUUACAGUAGUUAUUAAAAGUAUACAGCAGUGGUUCCCAAACUUUUCACCCAUUCAGACAUCUGACUGGAAGUCGUCAUGCACCCCCUACUCUUGCACAGUUAAAAAACAUAAACCACACAAUGAAACAUCUUUGAUAUAUUAUUAAAUAUAUUAUGACAUAUUUAAAAAUCAAGUGUCUUAUUUUUCAACUGCACACAUAGGCUACUAAUUUUUUUGUUUUUCGAGGUGUAAGAUCCUGUCUCCUUCCAGGUUUGUCUUCUGUUUGGUGGUUUUAUUUAUAAGAAGUGGUGACAAGCUGUGGUAAGAUGUGAUGAACUGAUCUUAAGCUCUUAUGCUGUGCUUUGGUUUGCAACAACAUGGAAAUACAUGUAACUAACGUUACACGUAAAUGUAACAAUUAUAAAUAAAUAUAAAAACAAAGGCACAUAACGUAUAGAAAUCAUUAAGGAAAUUAACUCAAUACAAGGCUUAUUACUGAGCCAAAUGGGCAUACUGUAUGAGCACAUGUAGCAUGAGAUUGCGCACAAAGCAAAAAUGCACAGCAGCACAGAGGUAGCAUUAUUACGCCUAACCUCUCUGCAUUUACGCACAGCAUUAACAUUUGUGAACAAGGACGAGGUAAAAGAAAGAAUAGAAAAUACACAUCUGUCUGUGCAGUGAGUCAUCCACAUAAGUCUCAAUCUGCCACACACGGUGUGUUCAAGGACUGCCGAACAAAUUGGCCACAACACCCGAAGAAGAUGCAUUAUUUUUGAAAGCAUAAAUGUACUUGCAUGUGCAAAAUUGGGUGCUUUCAGUGUCAGUGCAUCGAGUCAACAAAAUGACAUGAUGGCUCAUACAGCUCAGAAAACGCGCAAAUUAGUCGACACCGCGUAAGAAAAGCAGCUCUCAUUUAGCACACAAUGACCUUGAAAAAUCUUCAAGAUUAAACACUUUCAAUGCACAUCAUCACACUUACGGUAUUUGUUCAUCUCACACACAGAAUAAUGAACUUCAUGCUGUCACCUUUCUUCUGCACUGUACUACUUACCUGGGGCUGUUCAAGCGCACUACGUAAAUCUCAAGUGUUUGGCGCCAAUGUACAGUAGUUAAGAAGUUAAUUUUUAUUCACGUACCCCAUGUUGGGAACCUAGGGCAUACAGUAAACAUAGGAGUGUGAAAAAAAACACAGAACAUGUCGGUGUGUGUGAAUGUUUAUUGAAAACCAGCAAGUCUAUCACAGAAUGGACAGCUUGGUAGAGAAGCUUUACCAUAGAAACCAAACCAAGUAAGGGUCACUCGAUACAUGUCAGAAGAUGUUAAGAUGAGAGAGAACUGAUUCUACAAUUCCACGACAAAGCUCUUGGUAAGUUGUGCACAAUCAAUAUUAUUCUAUGUAUAUAUUAAAUGCCAUCAUUUUUCAAACCACGCUCACUCAUAAAACAAAACAAAACCAAAAAAACAAGCCUAAGGGUUAGAAGAAAUGCUUCAGAAUAUACUACACAAAGCAUCAUUUGGUGCCUUGAUUCUCAACUAACUUCCAGUUUCGCCUCUUGGGACGUGUGGGAAUCCAACAAAUGCAAUCCUAAAUCACUUGUUAUGUACGAUUGGCUCGGAAAAUAAAACAGAAAAUGAAGUAUGGGUAGUAGGAAGCAUGAUACAGUGUUCUUAUGUAGUGUAGCUUAAAAGACAACCCUGCACUACAAUACAACAAAAAUCUGUUUGACAAACAAACUGGAGGCUUUUUCCUGGACAGCAUGUGUAUUUCAGGCAUUGCAAGCCGUA